AGAAAUUUAAGAUAGAUAUUUGUCUUUAUCUGGCAUAGUGCUCUUGUCUUGACAUAAAAAAUAUAAACAGACCCAACAACCCGUUUGAAUUUUUUUUUUUUUUGUAUCUUUCACAGCCUUGCUGGAGAUUGCCAGGAUUGACCUCAUUCUAGAUGAAGGUCCGCGGAUAUUCUUUCAUGGUUUAACUGAAGGUAGUACUAUAAUGGGCUGGCUGUUUGAGCUAGCAGGACAAUCCCUGACAGCAAAUCUGCCGACGGCUAUCUAAAAGGAGACUUUUUACACCCGGAAGUAAACCUUGAGGUCGUCAUGGGGAGUAAAGUCAGCUCCAAAAUGGCAGCUCCCACCGCUAGAGUAAUUCAGGCUGUACGGCCGCAUGCUCCUUUGAUCAAGUUCCCCAACAGAAAGGACAUACCAAGGCCCAAUGUGGAAGAGGUGUUGAAAUUAAUAGGUCUUAAUGUUCCACAAUACAACGCUCCCAGUUCACCUUCAGCUUCAGCGUCGCCUGCAUUGUCCAGACCUCAAGUACCAUUGACUCCUAUCCCGGGAAUGCCGGACACACUGGCCUCUAUACAGCAACUGCCUGCCAGGUACCGCAGGAGACUGUUAACAGUGGAUGAAAUGGACUACAUUCAGCGUGGUGGACCAGAGUGACGUGAAGCAAUUCAGUCUCUGCAGCCAAAAGGAAGAUCAGUUGGAAGAUGAUUCUCUGUCUUUAUCCUCCUCGUCAGCCCAUCCCUAAUGUUACGAGAUUCAUAGAAUAAAGUAUUACAUGAAUCCUAUUGCAAUCUACAUAAUGUUUAUUUUAGAGGAUUACAAUCUACUCUGAGUUCACACUAAAGGAUAGUUUCAUUGUAAUACACAAAGAAAAAGCCACAAGUAACAGUUUUUUUUUAAUUAAAUUUAACCUUACUGGUUGUGGAAACAGCUUACAUAUGAAAUGCUACCAUCCUGAAACGCAAGCAGGAAGUCAACGAAAUAAAUGGACAUCAUCUGUUUUUAUAAUAAAAACGCAGGGAACAUUUUGAAAAAGUGGUUAAUUUAAAUGAAUUCUUGAAACUGUUUUGUUCAUGUGAACCACUGGAUUUGAUUGAUUAAAAUAACUCAUUUUGA